CGACUGGCCGAAAUCGAGAUGCAAAUUUGCGGGGCGAGCUCGACCUCGAGCGUCGAGGACAACAAUGAGAGAAACCGGGAGAGCAUUAUUUAACGAGAAACAAUGCCGCGAGAGCGCGGCAAGACCAAGAUCGAACGGAUACGCCACUACCUUGUCGAAGCCGCUACUAGGUUUGGGGAUCAGGUAGAGCCGGUCGACGCAAGAAUCCUCAGUGAUACAAAGUCGAUCGGUAGCUUGAGCCAGCACUUGUUCGAGAGCGACGAGGACGAGCGUUACUACGGUACCUGCAACGGAUACGUCUCGCAGCCCGGCAGCAAGUCGAACCUGCUGCUGUGCAGCGAAUGCGAUCAGAAGACGCACACCUGCACCUACCGACCGCAAACGCCCGACACGCACACUGGCAGAUACGUGGAGGAACGUAUUGAUGAUCGGCAUCAAGAACCGGGAACCUCUCGUACCUACAGAAGCCCGGUGAAGCUGUCCUCGCCGCGCUCGUACCAACCGGAUCAAGAUCGCGUGGCGCAGACGCCGCAAUCGGUGCAGAUCACGUCACCUCGAUCCUACCGGAUGCAGGAGCAGCAGCAGCAACGACGCGGAUGGACCGCCAGGGACACGGACGAUCGAGGUGAUGUCGACAGAGACCGCAAGAGCCCGAUCUGCGAGCUCUGCCGAGGUAACGGCUACGUCGUCGUGCACUGCGAGCACUGCGACUUCUCCAGCGAGGGCGAUCUGAUCUGCUUCCGCUGCCAGAGCGACGAGGGCUCGUCCAACGGCCAGGUGUGCCCGCGUUGCGAGCGGGAAGCCGGGUUCACGUCGAGCACCGGCCGAUCCGGCUCCAGCGACGAAGGCAACGGGAAGUACCCGGACUCCGUGGUGAAGAUCCAGGUGAACGAUCGGACGAUCGACGUCGACUCCGAGAGCGAGACCCCCGAGAGCGAGAGCUCGGGCAAUUAUCAUCCUGCGAGGGGCGCAUUGGAGCGACUCGACACCAUCGUCGAGACCAAGGGCGACACUGCCAGCGAGAAUGAUGAGGAAAACGGCGGCAGACGCGGCGGCGGUGGCGGCGGCGGCGGCACGAAGCUCAACGGUACCACUAGCGCGAGAUAUCUCAAUUACAUGAUCGUGCUGUUCCUGUAAAUAAAAGAUGACUUGAGAUAGAUGCAGCCAGACCCGCGGCCCGCUCAGCUUGCUCGACGCGGUGAGAGAGCUCGUAAAUCGUUAGAUCGUUGAACCGGCAAUUUUCUCAAUUAAACCGAUCGUAUCGUAAUCUCUCGGAAAUUAUUUCAAUCGUAAGCAUUAACCGAGCAAAAAAGAUUUUACCCGAGAAAUUUCGGCGCGUCGCUGGCUUUUAUAAUUUCACUUUGACCUCAAGACCAGCGACCAGCGAAAUUGGGACGGCUGGCGCGAUGGCGAAUGCCGAAUCAUUUACGAACCGAUGAUAUUAAUAUCAGGGGGCCGCGGCUCGAGCCGCACUGUAAAUAAACUGCCACUGGAUAUAAUUGAUCCGUAUAAUAUAGGACCGUAUAGAUUAAUUACUAGAUAGCUCGUAAUAGUUAAGAUGCAGAUCAAGCGAGGCGGGAAGAGGGGAAGAGCGAUAGACAGAGAGUGUGUGUGUGUGCGUGUGUGUGUAUCACGUUCAACGCGCGCAGAGUAUUGAGCUGAGAUCCGUGACGCAACGGUCGACACGUUUCGACGCGCGAUUCUUGGGGAGCGGGUGUGUGCAAAGAUUAUAAUUACUCGGAUGCAGAUUGGCCAGCGGGGCUUAUCUCGUUACAGUUACUGGCGAUGCGUCGAUAAUUUGGAUCAAUUCAGAUUUACAUGUCUUGCCGUAAUGUCGAUCCUAACUAGCUUCAAUGUAGACACGAGUGGGCAAGAACAGAACAUAAUUAGGGCAUAACUCGUUAAUUAUUAUUAAAAAUCGAUUUGGAGUAACUUCGAUAUUGUUCGUUUUCUUCGUCAGUGAGUUUUGUUUUUUUUUUGGGGGGGGCGGGUAUAUCAAGAUUUUAAAUCAUUUGUAGGAAUCGUUACUAUUGUUUAAAAUGACCUGGAUUGAAUAAGGUUUACUUUAUUUUAUUUUUUAAAAAUCCUAUUGAAUAGAAUUUUUAAAGAAUAAAAUAAAUCAAAGUGAACCUUAUUCGGUCCAGCUACUUCGGCAAUAAUUUAGAGAGGCGGACAGGCGACAUUGAUCACAAGUAAUUACGAUUCUUGCACAACUCUCUACUAACUCAUGUUCGGGACCAACUAAAGCCAUCACCUACAUCACUGCUUUCGACUUCCGCUUCCACCCGUGAUCAUCGUUUGUUCAUUCGGUCGAAAAAAAAGGGUUAAAAAGAACUCCGGGUAAUCUUUUGUUCCCGACAAAAAUCGGCGGCAUCGUCAUCUCUCAUAGUGUACCGAGACAGUCGAACCGAACAACACUUCAUUGUCCCAUACAGCGAAGAAGGCAGGACAGAAGGACGCGUUUCAGAGACGAUACACGAGCGCGCGAAUCUACUGAAUCUCGUGGAGGAGGAGAAGAUAAGACAAUUUCGUUCGCCUCCCACGUUCGUAACACGCGGCAGCGAUUUUUUUUUUUUUUUAACGUUUAUAAAUUAUGGAGUAGAAUCUUCACUAGACGUAUACGUUUUUUAACGUUCAUCUUCCAACUCCUUGUAAGCAACCCGAUGUAUCUGAAACUAUCCGGCGUGUCGAAAAGAGAAAUCAAACUUGCCAGAGUCGUAUGGAUGAAAAAGACAAAACAAAGAAGGCAAUGAAACAAGUCGGAAAACCGAUUCUCCUUCUUUCUUUUUCUUCUUCAUUAUUUCGAAGAGAACGAAGAAGGUAAUCCGAGCGAUCGCAAAGACAAGCGCACGGCUGAGUGAAUCGGUGCGUUAUCGAAAACGACGAUUGAAACCGGUACGAUUCCGAGGAGCGAUGUAUCAGUUGCCAAUUUCACGAAUAAGCGGGUUGUCUAAGUAUGCUUUUACUUUCGGAAUUUAAACUCGUCGUCGAAGUAACGGCGAUCCAAGGUGAAGAAGAUUAAAAAUCUUACGUGAGGAAGGCACUAGAAACGAUAAAAUUCAGAAAGCAUCUUCGUAUGCCACGAUAAUCAAUUAUAUCGCCAAUUAUAUCGAAAUCAUACCAGUGUCAACCUUUGAGCUCGGGAGCGAUCAGCCCGAGAGGGUGGAAGAGCGACAUAAAUCUCGCGGGACUAGGCUCAUGUCAUCUGUAUAAUAUUCAUCGAAUAAUGAUUACCACGUAAGGUAUUAUCCUUAGGAAGUACCCGGUAAAUUGAUCCCACCGCCCGUGCUGCGAAGUCGCGGUAACCCGAAAAAAUAAAGUACAGCGAGAAACGAAAAGGGAGGGAGAGAAAGGGAACAUCGCGACCGAUAGUUUAGUUCGGAAAACACGUAGCGAUUAAGUGCUCUUACUUCGAAGAAAAAAAAAAGAAAAAAAAAGAAAAUACGAACGCUUCGCGAGGAUUACAGAUGUGCGUCCCGACGCGAUCUCGUCCACUCGAGUUACGGUGCUCUCCGCGGCCGCGAGGGGGAACAUCACUCUACUGCCACGUUGAUUUAGAACACCUCUGUAAAUUUGUUAGCGGAAUUUGUAACACAGUUAGGGCGACACUUCGAUAAACCGUUGAGAUUACCUUUACUCCUGUACCCGCGCGAUCCCGAGGUAGACGAGAUACUCAAGUCUCCCCCGUUUCCGUCUUUGAGAACGAUCAGACUGGAGAAGGUCCGGAGACAAGCGUUCACGCAAGACGCUCGAUAUCGAGGUAAAACGCAUUCGAAAGUGUUAACCCUUUUUUCAAACCUAAUCCUUAGUUAAUGAAUGAAGGUUAUUUCAUCCUUAAUUUCAUCGGCUAAUCAUUAACAUCAGCAAAAAAAUUUUUUAAUUUAUUUAUAGACAUUACGGAGAUCCCGAAAAAUAUAUAUGGUACAAUUAUAAUUAAUCUAUAAAGAUUAAUUAUUAAAUUAAUUUACAAUAUAUUAUUUUAUAAUAAUUAAUGAUUCCUAUAAAACUAUAAUUACUAACAAUAAUGUAUGUUAUAAUCACGUACAGAUUCAAAUGUUAGAAGAAUUGUGACAACCGCAACUCCUUUUGUCGAGUCCAACUUGAUAGAGGACUAUAAAAAUUAAACUCGUAAAUGAAAUGCUUUUGAGAGCAGCGUUUCUAAACAUUUUAUUAUUGAAGUUACAAAAGUUUUGACGCAGUCAAUAAGUAAGAAUCGCCUUUCACUCCGUUGAAGAGAUUUGUUGGCGAGUUUUAUUGUCGAGAGCUAUUCUCAAAAAAAUAUAAUCCUCAAAAGUACAUAGUUUGGCAUUUACAUGAAUUCACGCGUAUUACGACUCAUCCAUUUAAAAGAAACGCUAUGAAUUAAAUGGAUGGGUCAUUUAUUUUCCAAUAGAUACUUCAUAUUACAUAUUAUUAUUCUCUUAAUUUUAUUCUUUCUCUCUCGUUAUCAAAUGUUACUUCCAAGAUUAAAAAAAAAAAAAUAGUAGCGCACAUUGUCCCUCGAUAUCGCGCGUAUUGUCUGAAAUUACGGAUUUGUGACUUGCGAUAACAAAGAAUCGGUCACUGAAUGGCAAUAGCAAUGUAUGUACAGAGAGAGGGAGGCUCGUCAUACGAAGGGAGUGCGUUUAAUCAGCCUUACUUAGACAAUUAUUAUCUACAUUAUUGUACACUAAAUUUAUAUGCGUGUAACGUGAGUGACUUUGCGUACAUUGGUGCGUGUACAUCGGCGUAUCUUAAUUACAUAAAUUACAUCCUUGGCGGUAUGUGCUGUGGACAACGAUAAUCUUACGAGCAACGUGUGAUCGUAACAUAGACACGGUGCGUGUGCGUGUUGUACAUAAGCAAUUAUCAAUUAUUUGCCCUUCGCGGCAUCCGGAAAAAAAAUAGUAUCUUGCGUUUGGAGCUUCAGGAUCCUGCCCCUCGAUGGAAAUCCAAUCAUCUUAACGUUAAUGAUUACCUGUAAAUAGCGUUGUCAGUGCUGUAUAUUUUACGCUGUUUAACUGGCUGUGAUAUUUAUAUGUUCAGAGUUUAAUUGUGAUUAGCGAUAUUCUAUGUUGAUCCUGUUGAGCGUACAAAUUGCGUGUCCCCCUCAUACGUUUUAUCGAUUCGAUCGAUUGUAAGCAUUCGUGGAAUCAGAAUAUACAAUCCACUACAUCGUUUGCUGAGUUUGCAGAUUGUCACCAAUUUGUUUUUUUUUUCUGACAAUUUUCAAAGCAAUGCGCGCGACGACUGUUGAUAAUUUACUCAAAUUCAAUUAACUGCAGUUCUCAAUGAUUUAUAUAUUAUGAUAAUUACUCUCGUUAUUAUUUUAUCAUCGUUAUCAUUAGCAUCAUCGGAAACACAGAUACUCAUAGCAUGACGUACUUGUUAAAUUCAUUAGCCCAGAUACACGAUUUACGAUUUAUGUGCCACAGUUCGAAGAGCGCGCCUGAAUUAAUCGAUUUUCAAACUGAACGAUAAUCACGCGUUGCUCCGCGAGUCGUUUAAACCGAACGAAACCAGUUGUAAGGAAAAUUGUAAAAUAACUUUCAAGAGCUAGCGCGAUACACUUAUUACGGUUCGGUAUACAAUUAACGAACUUACGCGAUCGAUAUCAAUUAUCAAUGAUCAAUCGGAUCAUCUUCUCUAUCAUAAUAACAUUUCCGCAUGACUGUUUGCGCGAUAUUGAGUUUAUUGAAAUAUUUAUCGGUGUUACGAGCAAAAGGCGUAGAUGUGUGUACAGAGAGGGAAACGUCAUCGGAGAUUUACAUAGUCGUAACGGCUGAGGUUCGUUACGAAGAAGAUGAGAAAAACUUGUUUAACGAUUGACCACUCGACGCAUCCAUUGUGCGGUUGACUCGUGUCUCUUUUUCUCUCAUAAUUCGUGUGCACGUCCCAUUGCCUAAUUACAUUUAACGAUCGAACGUCACGUCUCCAACGUCCAUGACCUUAAUUUUAAUGACGAAAAGUCCAACCUUCCCUUAGAAGAAAAAAAAAGAGUCAUAUCGAUCAUCGAGGAGAAGAUUUCGCGUGACGUUUUCGAUAAUUAUGCGUACAGUCGCGUGAUGUGCAUGUGUUGUUCGUCAACUUUUUAUAAGGCCAAAUUUACAAAUUUUGCAUAUAUUUAAAUAGAGAGACACAUUUAUGUAGUCGGAUACGUACGACAGCCAGAUUUUCAGAUAAUCGCUAUGUGGAAAGUGUCAAUAAGAUUUCUGGUCAUUUUGUGGAUCUUGUCAAGUCAACCUUUGACCACGUAUUAACGUAGUGCCAAGUUUUGCAACGGUCUUCCUUUGCACACGGCGUAAUGUGAACGACACGAUGUAAAAAUCGCGAACGCGUAAGGUAAAUAAAAAAAUCAGUAAAAUAUGCAGCGAACGUACAAAUAUCGAGGAGAGUUGCACGCGCGCAUCAUGUGUGCCAAAAACACAAUCCGAAGGCGUCGCGAGAGAUCGCGAGAGAUCGCGAUAGAUCUAACGUUUCUUUUUAAAUCGCGUAAAUCCCAAGCAGUAUAGGUGAUUGUUAUAAAUUCAGAAAGGAUGCACCUUUCCCAAUUCUUUACAGAUUAGCAUAAUAUGCUGCAAAAGAACUCAAAAACAAUUCCUUUUGCUGCAAAUUCUUAUCCAGUAUAAAGAGAAUUCCUUUUGCAUCUAAAAAGAAGUUUACAGAAUUGGUGACGCAAGGAUGAAUUUUUUUAAGAGCGCUUUUAAAAGAGGAAUAAAAAAAGAAUUUACUUUGAGAAUUCAAAAAGAAUUCUUUUUAGAUUGUCUUUACUAUCGGUUUUUCUUAAAAAAGAAUGAACACGGUGACGAACGGUCAUAAUUGUAAUUGUCGCGCUCUUCCAUUAGAACAAAGCCGAUUAUGUCAGCAUUAACUCCACAAAGUGAUCCAGAAACGAUAAUAAUCGGUUUGCCUUUAAUACUAUAUUGCUAUUGUGCAUGCAACGGAAUCCUUAAUGCUUAUACGAUUACGCUAUUCAAUAUCGGAUGGCAGGAGUAUAAUAUGCAAAGAUAUAUUAUUGACAUUCGAGCAUACUUUUACAUAAAAAAAGAAACCUCUCCAUUUCUCGUAUCUUGAAAAUUUUCGUUUUUACAGCAAUAGAGAUGCAAAGAUGUAAUUUUAAAGCGCAAAUUUUAAAUAUAUACAAUAGGUUUUAGAACGUCGUUGUUCCGUCAUGACAUUUGAGAAUUCGCGAUGAAACACAUACUAAAUUUAGAGAGAGAGAGACGUUGGACAGGAUAAUACGCAUAUGUGUGUGUAUGUGUGUAAGUGAUAUUAGAUGAAUCGCGUAGGAAAAAUUGUAUCUCAAAUGUGAUUUUUUUCGUAUAGAUCGAAGAGAAGAAAUUUUUUUUUAGAAGAUAGGAAGUUUACAACGGAUUCAGCGACGUUUAAUCCUAUCAGAUCAGAACUAUAUAUCUAAUUGUAGAAAAAUUAGUUCAUCGCGACAUAUGUGCGAAAACAGGAUGAGAGAUACAACGAACGUUUUAAUUUUCUCCAAGUCUUCACAAUUGUGCACAAUCGGUUUCGAAAAUCGCAUAUAGACUUCUCUCUUCAUCGUGCAAAAAUAUUCAGUAUUUGUAAUUUAUGAUUUAAUAUCGCUCUGUAAAUGUGGAAUAGUCAAAGAUUUGUAUAUCAUGAUUUUUCAUGCAAAUUUGCAAAUACCACUAUCGAGUUACUUCUAUCUGUGCGACGUUCUAGACAUUUCUGAAUAACGAUGAAUAUUUUAUAUAUAAAACGGUCAUGUGUGUAAAAUCUAGUAGAGUUCAAGCUUUCGAAUUUUAGCGAACCAGAUAAGUCUAAAGGGCGUCUAAGGAAACCUUAAAAAAAAAAAAGAGUCAUUUGAACGAGACGUCUUUAGAGACAAUUGUAUUCCGCCUUGAAAGAGAUGUUCUUCAUUUUUGCAUGAAUUAGCCUCGUCCUCGUACUCAACGUGACCAAUGUAUCCAUAUGGCACAGCUAGAUAUGAUUUCUUUAUACGCGCGAAUCGCUCUCGAGGAGGAGUAACUUCUGCCAUGCAUUUCUUCCGCAUUUUUGUCAUUUCGCUACCUCGAUCACACACGUCACGGCGCUUAGCAUUAAAUGAUCUAUCCGAUAUUACAUAACAUGAAACAAGGGGAGGGGCGAGUCUCUCGAUAAGGCUCUUAAAGAAUGGUUACUCAGGAACAAAGUUAUAAUGUAAUAACAGUUGCGAUAUUGAAUAUUAACAUUUAACGAACGACCUUUUGUAAAUAUGAAUAUAACAAAUAUAAAGAUACACGAUUGUGCAUAUAUAUACAUAUAUAUGUAUAUGUAUGUAUAUAUACAUAUACAUAUGUAUAUACAAGAAACUUGUACAGGGUGAUUCGGAAUAGGCCGCCAAUAAGUUUGUAGCGUCAUCAUUUGAUCUUUUAUGCACCGUAAAAAAUUAAUUAUACUGGAAGUAUACUUAUUCCUUACAUCCUCAAUAUAUUAUCGAACUAGAAAACGUCUCCAAUUUUUUUUUUUAACAUCGAUAUCGCACUUACGACAAAUCUGAAUUGUCCUGUACAACAUUACGAUCGCCCAAUAAGAGAUGACAAGCCUGAUAGAAACGCGUACGUAUAUCUGCGUAAGAGAAAGACAGAAAAACAAGACAAGAGAGAUUGCACGUAUACGUGUGUGCGUGCGUGCGUGCGUGCGUGUGUAUGUGGAUGCGCGAAACGUGUGAAAAAAAAAAGAAAAAUCACGUGUAAACCUGUAUGUGUGUACGAGAUCGGAGCGAGAAUUUAUUUCCAUUAACGGAAAACUGAUAAGAAUGUCGACGAUAUACCUGUCGACGAUCAUCUAUGUCGAAAGAUAAGACAACACCAAAAAGAAUAGGGAAGAAAGAGGGAAAGAGGAUCGAAGGAAGGAAGGAAGCAGAGAGAUGGAGAGGCGGUGAAUUCGGGAUUUUGGGAGAUACCGUAAAGAUGCAUUCGCGAGUGCGAUCAGCGAUUAACCCUUUGACCGCCGAUUUACGAGGAUGUCAAUUGAUUUCUUGCGCGUUACGGUGCGCCAUUCUGAAAACGAUCGAUAGAAGCGUCCAGCUGCAGGCGAGGCAAGGGAUGAGGUAAUGAUCGGUGGUCAAAGUGUCACGACCGCGCAUCGAAAUCGAUUUAGCUUCAACGAGGCUGCGGUCCUACGACUGAUGCCGUAGACACGCGGAAGUAAGCUUAGUGACUUCGAAUGAUGAUAGGAAUCACCAAUGAGGUCUGCUUCUCCGUGACUACGAGACCAAAAAUCAAACUCGCUGAAGUUCUAACGGUUUCGAAUCCUUCGGAGCGAGAUGCCGGAUGAGAGAGAGAAAGAGAAAAAGAGAGAGAAUUUGUGUGUUUGUGUGAGAGUGAAAGAAAAAGACUCGGAUAUAGAGCGUGAAACGUUCCAGCAAUAUUGCAGCAACGUUGCUGCAAUAUCGUUUGAAUGUUUCACGCUGUCUGGGGAGAGAGGAAAUUACUGAUCCUUCGGUCAGGAUGCACGACCGCGUGUGCGUAUUCCGCGUUGCGUACGUGCAUGAUUGUACACGCGCGUUUUUGUCCAUUUCUACACGUAUAUCUGUUCUCUCCUACGACGAUAGAAGGUUAUUUUUAAAUUUUCGAAACUUAGCUGUGCCGCAAGAGCGUGCGAGUGUCAGUACGAUCGGAUGUCAGUAGGAAUCCUGAAAUAUAAAUAGACGAUUGAAGUGGACCGCA